CUGUGGCAUCAUGACAAAGUUACGAGGCCAAGAACUAGACAGGUCGUAGGAUAUUCUCGGAGAAGGAACCAAACCGCAGUUUUGACUAAGCAGGUUUCUUGGGAUUCUACACAUUUACCGAAGCCACACCUCAACCUGACUAGUCAGUAGUCACACUCUCGCUCUAGUUCUGUCCUUUUUUUGCAAGUUCCUAGGCCUCGGAAUCUUUCAUCUCUUACAAGGUGACCAUCGAAUGUCUGUCCCAAGGGAGAUGGUCCAGGAACGCAACUCCAUCCUCACGCAAAGGAAUAAAUCGGGGACCAAUUUCAAGCUUGAAAUUACGCCAAUCUCAGUUGAUGGAACGCGCGAUGUUGAUUCUCAAAAGACCCCGAACCAGUUAACGAGCAAUGAUAAGGAGAUUGGUCCUACAAAAGCCACAUAUGGACAGUUGGCCAGCAUCACAAGUGCUGCCACUUAUACAGCACUGCCCGGAUGGACAAAUAUAAUUCUGAUGUUUUCUUUGAUCUUUGGUGGUUGCUGUGCUAAUGUGUUUGCGCUCGAAGCAAUUAUCAAAGAUCAGCCAAGCUCCGGUCCCUUGAUAACAUUCGCUCAAUUCCUUCUAACCUCACUCAUUACGAUCCCCGGCUUUCUCUCUUUGUCAGCUGGACCUCGAUCACUAUAUCUCAGCCCCCGUGCCAUUCCACUAAGAUCAUGGCUGGUCUACACGUUGUUUUUUGUUACAGUCAACCUUCUCAACAAUUGGGCUUUCGCAUACAAGAUUUCUGUUCCGUUACACAUUAUUCUCAGAUCUGGAGGCCCCGUAGCUUCUAUGGGUAUUGGCUUUCUAUUCAAUGCCAAGAGAUACUCGCGAGGUCAGGUACUUGCAGUACUGAUGCUAACCCUGGGUGUUGCCACUGCAGCAUUGGCGGACGCUAAGGCUAAAGGCCAAUCUAUGAAUGUCGAGAACGCUUCUGCGGCUACCACUUUAGUUGGAUUCACGAUUCUCGCCUUGGCGAUGAUACUCUCAGCUUUCCAAGGCAUCUAUGCCGACAGGCUCUACGAAACGUAUGGGAGGGACCACUGGAAAGAGGCUCUGUUCUAUUCCCACACGCUAUCUUUGCCGCUUUUCUUGCCCGCUUAUACGCAGCUCGUGAGCCAAUGGCAACUGCUAUUCCCUGCGCAUCCCCUCACUGCCAGGCUCCAAGCUCUGAAUUCGAGUGAAAUUGGUCUUUUGGGCCACGCAUCUCCCGGCGUUGCAAGUAACAGUGCCUCGGAAGAGUCCUGCGAGGCAUGGUCGUUGGCGUCAAUCAUUAGCGGUUCAUCUGGGCUGUUGCCGAUCCUGAAGGAUAUUCUCCCUUUAGGGUCAAUUUUCACAAUCAUCCCGAUACGUGUGACUUACCUUUUGGUCAAUGCUUUGACACAGUAUUUGUGCAUUAGGGGUGUUCAUCUCCUCUCUGCGAAGUCAUCCUCACUAACUGUUACUGUCAUUCUAAAUAUUCGGAAGCUCGUUUCCCUUCUUCUUUCCAUUUACCUGUUUGGAAACGAUCUCUCUCCGGGCGUCCUUAUCGGCGCAGUGUUCGUUUUCAUAGGCGGUGCUAUGUAUGGUUUUGGGGCACGGUCUAGGGUCAAGUCUGCCAAAAGCGCAUAAGCUAUAAUAAUCCAUACAUCUCACAAAUUUGUCAUCCAUUCUCAAAAAAAUCAUACAGCAGAAGUGUUGGAGCUGGAGACAGGCAUACAUGUGAGGUAGCUUUUGAAAUUUCACCAAUUUUGCUCUUGCACAAUCUAUCACUGGUGUUACCUUCGCUCCUAGAACCUGAGGCCAA